GCAGAACAGCAGAGAGCUUAGUUGGGAAAGAAAACUGCAGUGUGUGUAGUUAUCCCCCCCCCACUGAUCUAAUCAAUUUAGCGCUUCAUUCCCCCGGCUUGGGCUGGCGUUGCAGUGACCGCACUCAGGAUCCGACUCACCUGGGACCCCCUGCGGAUCCUCAUCUAUAUGGACGGGUGAUAUAUUAGCAAAGUGGCAGCAAAGACCUCUAAGUGCAGUAAAAAAAAAACAGGUUCCCGCCUAUUUACGACUCGUCCUAGUGCGGUUGAACAGCACAGAAGUUUCCUAACGUUGUAGGCAUCUACGCUGAAGGAGAUCGCUGUGGAAACGGAGGUUGAACCUGGAUCGCGCCUUGCUUAGCCGUCGACGAUGAAGUGGAACCUGUUCAAAAAGAAGCCGGAAGCCAUGAGGGCCCCGGAGCCCACCGGCGCUACCACCCUGACCGCGGCGCCCCCCCCAGCUGAGCCCACGGUCGCCGACAACUCCACCGAGCCCGGCGGCGCAAUCAACAGGAAGGACUUCUUCGAGGAGAUCAAGAACAAAUUUGUCAACGAAAUCGAUAAGAUACCACUGCCAUCGUGGGCCCUCAUCGCCAUCGCUGUGGUGGCGGCCGUCCUCAUCCUCACCUGCUGCUUCUGCAUCGUCAAGAAGUGCUGCUGCAAGAAGAAGAGCAAGAAAAAAGGGAAGAAGGGAAAGGGAGACAUAGGGAUGAAGAACAUCAAAGGCGGAGAGAAACUGCAGGACGAUGAUGAUGACGACGACGUAGAGACGGGGAUGACUGGGGAUGAGAAGGAGGAGGAGGAGAAGAAGGACGAGAAGCUGGGCAAACUGCAGUACUCGCUGGAUUAUGAUUUCCAGGAUAACAAGCUGACCGUUGGCAUUCUGCAAGCAGCAGAUCUUAUUUCCAUGGACACGGGAGGCACCUCUGACCCCUAUGUCAAGGUCUUCCUACUGCCCGACAAAAAGAAGAAGUACGACACCAAAGUGCACAAGAAGACGCUGAACCCUGUCUUCAAUGAGACCUUCGUCUUCAAGAUUCCUUACCAGGAGUUGGGCGGUAAGACCCUGAUCAUGUCAGUGUAUGACUUCGACCGCUUCUCCAAACACGACAUCAUCGGGGAGGUGAAGCUGCCCAUGAACACGGUCGACCUGGGCCAGCCCAUCGAGGAGUGGAAGGACCUGGAGAGUGCGGAAAAGGAGGAGCCCGAGAAGCUGGGUGACAUCUGCAUCUCCCUGCGUUACGUUCCCACGGCCGGCAAACUCACCAUCUGCAUCCUGGAGGCCAAGAACCUGAAAAAGAUGGAUGUCGGGGGUCUGUCGGAUCCCUACGUGAAGAUCCACCUGCUGCAAAACGGCAAGAGGCUGAAAAAGAAGAAGACCACAGUGAAGAAGAACACCCUGAACCCCUACUAUAACGAGUCCUUCAGCUUCGAGAUCCCUCUGGAGCAGAUGCAGAAAAUUCAGGCUGUCGUCACGGUUCUGGACUACGACAAGAUCGGCAAGAAUGACGCCAUCGGGAAGAUCUUCGUGGGCAGCCAGGCCACGGGCACGGAGCUCCGGCAUUGGUCGGACAUGCUGGCCAACCCGCGCCGGCCCAUCGCCCAGUGGCACCCGCUCAAGCCCGAGGAGGAAGUCGACGCCAUCCUAGCGGGUCUGGCCGGCAAAAAGUAACCCCGCCCCCCACGCGCCCCUCCCAACACGCCACCCUCCCAAUCUGCUAACCAGUUAACCUGACAUUCCACACUGCAUGAGAUUUGUGGAUCAACAGCCACAGCAGCCACAGUCAAAUGAGCGACUAGCGGGAGAUAAACACAUUUUUUUGUUUACAUCGAGUCCGGCAAGCAGGAAGAGGAAGUAACGAUUCCCUUUGAUGUGUUUGUGAUGCAUUCCAUGAUAGCAGGAGGCCGCACUGCGUGCUUUGGGGAGCAGAUCACAUGAUCCCGUCUUUUUUCGGCUAUGGCGACAAGCAAGCCCGAGCUUUUUAAAAUAGUCACGCCAGCCCUCUGUCUGAGGGUCCACUCCUCAGUAAGCCGCAGGGGCAGCUUCGCUCAGCGCUUGGCCGGCUCCGCUUUCCUGUGUGUACAUCCGCUGUCCGCUACGGGAAGGAUAACAGUGGCAAAUUCCACAGUGCAAUUGGCUGUCAUACCACCAAACAUAUAACAACAUUACAUUUUAUUUAUUUAGUAGACGCUUUUAUCCAAAGCGACGUACAUUUUCGAGAAAGCAGGACAGACAGUCCCUGGAACGAUCGUUGGUUAAGGGCCUUGCUCAAGGGCCCAGUGAUGACAUCACUCUGCCGAGUCUGGGAUUGGAACCGGCGACCUUCUGAUCGCAGACACAGGAGCCACACACUGCCCCAACAUCAAAAUGUACAACUUUAACAUCAUGUUUAUGGAUGGAGGCACAGGUUUUGUAUAGCACAGUGAAAACCUGAGCAGCGCACAGCUAAGAUGAUGUGUCCCUUUAACAUCGUCCCAGCAUUAUGGUCCCUUAUCAGCCUGGUGACGCCUCAGCUGAUGUGGUGGCGUACGAUCCCCGCGGGGUCACGGUUUCCAGCGAGUCACAUAUGCACCAUACAUUCUUGGGGUCAAGAAAAUGGAAGAUAUGACACGAGCGAAACUGCCCCCUGUUCGAUCUGCUGUUUGCCUGCAGUAGGCUGCGGCUUCUACAUAAUGUCUCUGUCUAAAUAAAUACAAACCCAUCGUGACACAUCAAAAUCAGCGGAUGGUAACGGUAUCAAGUUUGUUAGCAGUAUCUCUGAUUAUUUUAACGGGUUUUAUUACUGAGAUGGGUUCACAGUUAAGACCAUCAGUUUUAACCAGUAUAAUGUUGUACACUCCAUGGUAAAUGUUGGUGUAAGAAAAGGCCAUUUUGGCACCAAUUUUUCAAUGGAAAGAAUUUAUUACAAUUUUAUGUUUACGAAUUUCAAGGGCAUGUAUUGAAACUGUUAAUGAACACAUAAUAGAAACAAAAUGAAAAUUAAUAUUUCAUAUCUGAUAGGAAAGGUAGCUGAAGCUACCAGGACUGGUACAGUGAAAAAUAAUGACGAGUGAUGUGACCAACCAGUGUUAGUGUGACUUUCAAACCCAUAACAUUCAAAUGUUCACAAUACGGAUAUAUUUUAAUGUUUUAUUUAUUUAUUGAAAGAAAAACAAAGUUUUAUAAGAGGUAAUAUUUUAAUGUUGAGCUGAUUUAUUUGGUAUUGGUUGUUAGGUGGCCAAAGUUACCAGGUGCCUUCAGAAAGGACAGAGACUACAUCUGAUAGGUCAGGCAGGUCAUGUGAUCAGCAGAGAAGCAACUACUUUGGGCUUCUUUAUAAUCCCUUAUGAGUCUUAACUUUUUUAGGUUCAUUUUUAGCAUGAAUUAGGGAACUGUGUCUUCCACAACUGGUUGGGAUGUUGUUCUGAACCUCUUUGUAAAGGUCCAGACUCUAAGGACCCUGCAAACCUGGUUUGCUAGUUGUCUGUCCUACUGCCUGCAAGCUACCACCUCCUGUUUCACUGUCUGCAGUUCUCCUGGCCGAAGCUUAAGUGGUAAUUCAUUACGUAAUUGUUGAUUUAGUAACAGAAAAAGUGUAGCAAGCUUUCAAUACAAAAAUGAAAUUCAAAAAAUAUAAUUUUAACAGCCAUGAAGUCCUGCCAGUCGGCCUGUUGGCUUUGCUUCGCUUUUUACUUUUACAUUAAAUGUGUCACUCGAGCACUUUAUAAUAAACAAUGGGUUGUAUGUUAGACUUACUUUUAGAAGAAUUUUAAGCUUUAAAAAUUUUGUAGUGGACUGGAUUUUUACCUAUUUUUUGUUGCCGUUUUUAUCAUCCAUUGUGACAACAUUUAUAUGUUUUGUAUUUAAUUCAUGUUAAAUUUUGAUUUAUUCGAUCAGUGCAUAUUUUUGUCAAAUAUGUAUUAAUUCAGGAAGUCCCUGGGGUUCAUAAACCAAACAAUGUAACUUCACAGACGCAUAAGAAAUUAUAAAGCAUCGAAAAGUGCAAAAAAUAUAGAUGCAUAAAUGUUCUUACCCUUCGUCUGAAGUCGCAUCUCAAAUGCCACGUUGAAAAAUGUUUCAUUUUGUAUGUUAUUUGUAAAUUUGAUUCUCUAAAUGUAAUUCAUGAACAAUCUAUAAACAUCAUUGGGUAUUUUCUGCUGUGGCGCUUUUCAGCACCACUCAAAUUACACAACUGCCCCCACUGGCUAAAAACAGUCACUGCACUUUACAAACGUAAUAAUUUGUAGAGAAAAAAAAUAUUAGUAUCAAGUACAUUGGUUGAAAGGAAAUAAUGCUAAAACAAGGUGGUAAUUGCACUGUUUGUAGUAUAUGUAACCUUGGGGACGCUUAACGUGACCCUCGUGUGUGGCCAGGGAUUUCUUUGCUGACAUUAGAAUCUCCCUUUAAAACACAAUUAAACUGCACCUUUAGCUGAUCACAUAUUUACUGUCCAGGUUAGACAAUUUACGUGCAAUGCAUGCAUGAAACACCUCAUACUGCAUAUGCCCUAUCGUAAUGUGCUGUAUGGUUUUGUUUCUCUGUCAUCAAAAGUUAGACAGUGAGGGUGUGUGUAAGGUGUGUGUGUGUGUGUAUAUAUAUACACACACACACACACACAGUCACACACACACACAGAGUUCAAGUCGGAAUUCUGGACACACCUACUGAAAAUUAUUUGUUUUUUUAAAAGAUAACUACCACAAGCACAUCUCAAGGUUAAGUUAGUGUGAAAAAGGAACAAGACAGAGUGCAGCGACAGAUGACCUGUACCCCCCCCCCCCAA